CGCACUCCCACUCUGCGUUUAUUCACAUCUCAGUCUCCACUGCUGAGCUCUCACAGACGCUUUACUAGACGCAGAACCCCUCCGGUCUAGCCUCUUUAGCCGGUGCGGUUUUUAUUAUAGAGUUUGGACGAGUCUAAUUAUUUCAACUAAAACCGACGUGUGUAUUUACUAUUAUUUUUAUAAGACACCUGAGGUUUUGAUUUUUGCUUCUUCUUUUUCUCAAGCAACACGGCGCUAAUUGGUUGAGAUUAUCUGGUAGGUUUAGUUAGAAAUGUUCCUCAGGUAGUGUGUGGUUAUACUCGGAUCACACAGCGACUAGAGUUGCUGCAAACUGAGUGAAAACGGCACAAACACACAGCUGACUGCGGCUCUAAGCUGUCGGAGGACAUGGAUUUCACAAAGGCUGCAGGUGGAGUGAUAGCUUACAUUAGCUCCGCGAGCUCGGCCUCCAGUCCCGAGUCGUGCCACAGCGACUCCUCCAGCAGCAGCUAUCAGUCCUGCUCUCCACCCCACGCGGGGCAGGGCCAGCAGGGCGAGACCCUCGCUGUGGCCCCUCAGUCCCGCCCACGGAAGACACGGUCGCCCUCCGCAGCCAAAAGCGGCAUUACAAAGAUUAACGGGCUGGUGCUGCUAUGUAAAGUGUGUGGAGAUGUUGCGUCAGGAUUUCACUAUGGCGUUCACGCCUGUGAGGGAUGCAAGGGUUUCUUCAGGAGGAGCAUUCAGCAGAACAUUCAGUAUAAGAAGUGCCUUAAGAACGAAAGCUGUCCCAAUAUAGAUAGACAGUGCCGCUUUAAGAAGUGUCUGCUCGUGGGCAUGUCCAGAGACGCUGUGCGUUUCGGACGGAUUCCCAAACGAGAGAAGCAGCGCAUGCUGCUUGAGAUGCAGAAUGCCAUGAACAACAUGAUGAACAACAGCCACGGCAGCCAGCCAUCAGCCAGCGAAGCAGCUUCAGAGCACAGCGGCUCCGGCCCUUCUUCCCGCUCCCCCUCCACCUCCCCCAGGAGCCACCGGUCCGAAUCCAGCCCCGACCCCAAGCUGCUGAGCGCCAUGGAUACAAGCACCAGCUCAGACUCCUCCAGCGCCACUGACAGCGGGGAGGAGGAGGUCAUCGGCACAGUCACUAGAGCGCAUCAGAAGACCUUCAUGUACAAUCAGGAGCAGGGCAGCGUGCCUUCAGAGGCCCCUAACAACUACAGCCAUUACUCAGAGAAGACUCAGGCGGUCUGGAAGCAGCAGAGCAAUGCAUCCUCAGAGAGUGAACAAACGCCCCCAUCAGGCUGUGCUCCUCAGGGGCCUGAAGACUCGGGCUGUCCUGUCAGACUGCCCAACAGCAGCUCCGCUGGACCGUCUCUGCAGAACCUCUCUCUGAGAGCUCAUAAUGACAAUGAAACACGUUUCAACGGCAGCUGUAGUGUCCCAACAUUUGCAAGGGUUAACAGGAUGCACCUGGUUUGCCCCAUGAACACAUCGCCCUAUGUGGAUCCUCAGAAGUCGGGUCACAGUAUUUGGGAGGAGUUCUCCAUGAGCUUCACCCCAGCCGUCAGAGAGGUGGUGGAAUUUGCAAAGCGCAUCCCAGGAUUCAAAGAGCUGUCCCAGCACGACCAGGUCAGCCUGCUGAAGGCCGGCACCUUCGAGGUGCUGGUGGUGCGCUUUACAUCCCUGUUCAAUGUGAAGGAGCGCACGGUCACAUUUCUGAGCGGCCGGAAGUACAGCGUGGAGGCGCUGCGCUCGAUGGGUGCUGGAGAUCUCCUCAACUCAAUGUUUGACUUCACCGAGAAGCUGCAAGCGCUGAACCUCAGUGAGGAGGAGAUGAGCCUCUUCACAGCUGUAGUGCUGGUGUCUGCAGAUCGCUCCGGGCUCGAGAACAUCUACUCUGUCGAGGCCCUUCAGGAAACUCUGAUUCGAGCGCUGCGCAGCUUGAUCACCAAGAACCACCCCAACGAGAUCGCCAUCUUCACUAAACUGCUCCUCAAGCUGCCGGACCUGCGCUCGCUCAACAACAUGCACUCUGAGCAGCUCUUGGCCUUCAAGGUCCACCCCUGAGCACCCAUCUUUAAGGGUUACUUAAGAAUACUUUGUUCUUAAGAAGUAGAAGAUACUUAAGAAGUCAUUGUACUGUAAAGCGCCUCUGCUCAUGCUAACGCACACAACUCGCUGACACAAACUGGAGGGGUUUCGUUGUAGAUGCUUACGAGAGUUUGUACGAUUACGCGGUUUGUGUGCGCACAGAGGCACCUUGAAUUUGUUUCUAGAUUUAUGAAUCUGCCUGUGCAAUAAGUGACGCGUUCACUGGUUUUGUGAUUGUUCCUUGUUGGUCUUUUAAUACUUUCAGAGAAGAGGAAGUGAGGUAUAUCUUGUGGCCCGUAUGAAUGCUGUGUGUUGCUAAGGGGAGAUUAUGAAGGGAUGUUCCCACAAACAAACGAGAAAAGAAGUACACAGAGCACAGUUUGGCAUCCUUUCUAAUUCGGAGAGAAGAAACAGCAAAAAGCGCCAACUAAGAAAUGGAAGAAUGUGGAACGAGCUGCUAAUCUGAGCUUUUUUGGCAGAAAGACACAGGAAUGUUUAAUGAGUAGAUGUAUUUUUAUAGUUAGUUUUCUGUCUUAAAAUCUGUAGUUAAAUGCAGAGGAAGCCACUCUUAGGCCUGAAACAUUAUGUAAGCAUGUGAACACAAAUGCUUCUUGAUGCAGUGGAUGGCUGCGUUACAAAAUGCGUUAAACCGCGCAUGGCACGCUGAUGCUGUAUGCAGUGGACACUGACACACUGUCUUUUUACAGUCAGUUUUCUCUUCCAGGUCGACUACCGCAAUGAUGGAGCAACAGUUUGAAGAGAAUCUUGCCGAGCAAUUUGAAGCUAGUUCAGCUGUUGACACAUUUAUAGCUAGCUAGCUACUUGGUUCAUUAGCACAGACAUUUGAAGUCGACUGUUGCCCGCUAGAGUGCUAGUUACCGUCAAGAUUCAAUCAGACCGCAGGCUUGGCCAAGCAUUUGCAUUCUUGAAUAGAGUAUGUUUCUGAUUUUAGAUCUGCGUAGUGGUGCAUCUGUGUAUAUGUCCUGAUUCGUAGGGCUUUUAGUAAUGACACAGUGUUUGAUGAUGCUAAAUGACAAAAGAGGAGUUGGACAUAACGCGUUUUAUCACUGUAAGAAUUGUGCAUGCUUCUCCCCGGUGCUGAUGGGACUCAAAGCCAUCCACGGUGAAGUCAUAAUGUCUGCAUGUAUAGCUGAGGCCACACCCUAACUGAUUUCAUGCAUCUAUCUGACUAUCAUCAUUGUUUUUGCUUUUGGGUAAGUCUGUUCAGUGAAAGUUCUUGUAGAAUUAUUGCGUCUGUGUUCAGCUGCAGUAAGCAAAUAGUGUGCAUACUCAAGCACCGCUGGACCAGACAGGAAGAGGAAACAGGAAACAGGAAAUGGUAACACCGGCAAUGCCUCUCAUCACCCUGGCAGCUCUGGGCAUCUGAACUCUUCUCGGGUCGGUUUUGAUAUCAAAGCUGCUGUAGAUGAAUAGUGAAGAAAAGACGUAUCUUUGUUUGGUGUUGGUGUUCUGCUCUCAUUGUUCAGCCUGUGGCUCACUCAGUGUCAUUGUUGUGUUGCCAUAAUCCAGUCUGUCAGUUUUCUUCUGUGAAAGCAUUGUAAGAUAGCUAGAUUUCUAUAUAUGAAUAUAUAAUAUAAUUAAAUACAUAUAAAAUAAGAAAAUAAACAGAUAAAUGCUGGACUCAAUCUUUCCAUGCGUUUAGUCAUUUUUGCACCCGUUUGUCACAAGUACAAAUGUACAGACAAAACC